ACGUUGUCGUAUUUUUUAUCUCAGUUCAACAUUCCGUUCGACAAGUUGUAGUGGGUGAGAGCUCGCCGAAGAGACGUCCUGCGGAUUUCUUGAUCGUUGCAUCACUUCUUACUUGAUUUCGGGUUCCGAAACACGCGUGAAAAUGCUGCCGUUUGAGACGACGAAUCUCUUUGAGCAACUACCCAGGUUUGUUUUUAAAAUGCCGCGGGUAGUGGCGGACCAAGAGAGUAAAUUCCAGUCCGAUGAACUGUUCAGACGUCUAUCAAGGGAAACGGAGGUCCGAUAUACCGGUUACAGGGAUAGACCUGUCGAAGAACGUCAAAUGAGAUUCCAGACAGCCUGUCGAGAAGGUCACACUGAAGUGUCAUUUAUAGCCACCGGAACAAACUUACAGCUGAUGUUCAGCCCCUGCUCAAAUGGCUACAGCGAAGGAUGCGAUUUCAAUAAAGAACAAGGAAAAGUGCACAUCAAAUCGUGCUUCAUCAUGAACGGCGUGUGCGUCCGAUGGCGUGGAUGGCUUGACAUAGAAAGGUUGGACGGUGUCGGCUGUCUCGAGUACGACGAAGAAAGAGCACAGUCUAUCUCUUUGUCAGAUCGAGGACGCUAUCCUGCGCGAGCAGCUGGAGAGGUACAACCAGCGAGUAAGAGACUUCGAGGAGAAACAGAGGCUCUAUCGGUCUCAACACGACAGACACGUGGAGGCCGAAGUGGAGGUAAGGACCUCAAGGCUCGGAAAAAACAGAGUGAGCUAAGCCCGGACCGAGCUGGAUCGGCGAGCAACUGAAGAAAAGGACUCUUCUCUAUUUUUUAGUUAAUGAAACCGGUGUGCGGUUGCUCCCAUUCAGAAUAUGCGCACCCCAUCAUAUAGUGACUUUCUAUUCAUUUGUUAUUUGUUACAUGACAUUCUCACUAUCGCAUGAAAGCAGCAGUGUGACACGAUGUUCAAGUCAGCCUGUGGAUGGAGUACUUCUUUGAAUCAACAGCUAUUUUUGUUCUUAAAUUUGUUGGGUGUCGAAUCCUGCUACAAAGAAUUUUUUGGAGUUGUAAUGUAUAGAUCUUAAGUUUUUUGCAAUUUUUAUUUUCAUUCAACGAAUGAUCAUUGAAAAGCAAUGCAUUUCAGAAUUUGAAAAUUCUAUUUUACAAGAGCUAUACCUUCGUCUGGAAAGCAGACUUUUAAUCAGAGAUAAGGAAAGUAUUUUAAAAGCAUACAGUUGGUUAAGCAUACAGCAAUUUUAAUAGUUUUAGCAUGGCACAAAUAAAAGAUGCCUCGUUUUCAUAAACAAUCCAGAAAUUGAAGAAAAAUUUCCGAAUUAGCUGCAGUGACACAUCGUUUAAGUUCGCUGUAUGCGAUUGCACUUUAUCACAACUGUAUAAGAUAAUUUUUCUUUGUAUAUAUAAAAAAAGAAGCUGCCCUACUUUUCUUUGUAGUAGGAUUUGAAACUGUAAAACCAACCAAUUUAUGAAAAUAAGAUGCAUGUAUUUGUUUUUACAUGUGUUUUUGUCGAAUGCCCUCUUUUACCCAUAAUUCUGAAAAAGAAAAUCAUACUUCGCUUUUAAUAAUCUUUAACAAAGGAUUUUAAUUCUUUUAUGUCAGUUUUUUCCUUGUUUAUAUUAGCUUUUAAAUAAUCAAGAGAUACAAUUAUAUGAAACCUCCUUUGAAGACCAAUUUUCUUUGUAAAUAUUUUAUAUGUUAAACGAAUAUUAUUGACAGAAUUACGUAAACAAACAAACAAAAAAAAACCCCAAACAAUUUUGUUUGUUUUUGUAAAAAAAAAAAAAAAAUUAUAUGAUAAAUACCGAAAUAUAGUGAUGAUGGAUUAUAAAUCGAAUGCUGGAUUCGAUUUGCAGCUGUUAACCUAAAUUCUUGGACAAAUAAUCUUUGUCCAAACAGUAUUUUGGCAUGUUUGUAGUGUUAUUAAUUGAAUCUAACCACUAGCUAGUGGUUUAGUUAGAAGUUCGACACAUUCUUUUCAGCAAAUAUCUUUCCUAGAUAUUAAGUUGUAUAUUUGAAUCAUUUAAAAGUUGUGGUAGUUUGAGUGGCCACACAAGUUUUUCAUGCAUUCUACGCUUCUACUUCUAGCGUAACUUGAACAAACCUUUUGAGUCAUUAUGAACAAGUCAUCUUUGCCGUUUUAGUAUUUUUUCCAAACUCUAAAAUGGCAUCUUAUAUACCAAGAAUGUUUAUAGUAAAAAUGUUACUUGGUUAAUUUUUUUAAAUUUUAAUCCAAAGUGAAAUUAUUUUAUUCAAUCGAUUCGUUUACCUGAGAUAAAUUCUAAAUAUUUGUCGAAAUAUUGAUAUUAUUUAUUCUUAUUUCUGAACGAAUCCUAUUUUCCCCUUUCUCUUUGUUGAGCAAUUUUUAAGACGCGUCAACAUUUUUCAUUUUGCAAUGAAAAUUUUAGAUCUAAAAUAUUUGAAUUUUUAAUUACUCCUUGGAUGUACUGAAAUAAUUUUAUUUAUGUAGUCUGUUAUUUUGUAACAGUAUUGCUUGGUAUUAUUUCUGUAUAAAUAGUUGUUUCACUUCAGUUAAAAAAAAUGAAGUUGGCAACAUGCAGAAAACCAUGAGCAACCGUAUUACUGUGAACGAUGCAUUUUGCGUCUAGGAUCUCUGCUUAAAUCAGACAACAAAGGUUAAUUUUCUUAUUUUAAGAGAAAGAAUACAUUAAGAUCAUUCAUAACAACUUAAUUAGGUAUAAUAAUUUUAAUUUUCGGCCGAUUAUCAACUUCAAUUAUAUUUGACAACAAUACCCCUUGGAGAAAGGGCCCAGAUCAAAAUUCUAGGAUCUCAUUUAUAAAUAAUCAAGAAAAUGUUAUAGAAGCGUUAGAAUUAAUUUUAAAAUAAUACAUUUCUUCUUAGUAUAACUAGAUGGUGUCGUCUUCGUUUAAUUGAAUAGAUUUUAAGCUGGCUUAGAACUCUGUUUUUUUCAUGUGUGUUUCUGUACAUAUCUGUGGGAUUUGAAUGUUUUAUGCAAUAUUAUGCAUCUUUAUUGUAGAUUCGUACUUUUUGAAUCUUUCUUGUUAUGUGAACUGUUCAAAGCUGGACACCAAACUGAAGAUGCAGUGUCGUCUGGUACGAUAUGUUGUUCAUGUGAAUAUUUCCUAGUCUAGAAUACUGUGUACGGUUUUAUGUCGAAAACUUUUUUUGUGCGUGUGUGUGCUAUUGUACAGAAAUCUUUUACUUAUUAAUAAAAGAAGGAAAAUGA